CCUAUGACACUGCGCAUGCGCGUACAGCCUGCAGGCACAAACGAGACAAGCGGAAAAUGAACGAAUACGGGAGUUAUUUAGCUCCUCAAAGUUAUUACUACGUGGUUGGUUAUUAACAAGGACCACACGCAAUCAGUUUUGACAUUCCGCUGACGUCAGCAGGUUACCACUGACUGGAGAGUGACGAAGACGAACAAUAACUUCAUCAUCACAGUCAGGGACUACAAUGGAAGAACCUUUGAGGAGUGAUGCAGACUGUGAAGACGUUCAGCACCUGAUUGGUCAUCAGGAAGAACUUCCCCCUCAACCACGGUGGGGGACCUCCAGUGUGGAGCAAGAUGAUCCACAGGCCCCACAUGUUAAAGAGGAAGAGGAGGCUCUACAGCCGCCCCAGAUUAAGGAGGAAGAGGAGGAGACUGACGUCAGCAAUUUGCCACUGGCUUGUGUCUCUGUGAAAAACGAAGACGAAGACAAGAAACCGGAGUGGUCGAAAUUUCAUAUUCAAAGUCCAAAUGGUGACCACUGUGGGGGCCCACCGUCAGACAACCUCUUAGGUCCACUGUCAGACAGUGGGGACACAGAAGAACACAGUGUAGAUGAUCACAAACCAACCAACUGCUCUGAAAUGCAAUCAACUCUCCACAAAGAAACUUCACAAAGGCGUAAAAAACGUGUUACCUGCUCAGUUUGUGGUAAAACUUUUGCCACUAAGCAAACUUUGGUAACACACAUGAGAACACACACAGGAGAAAAACCCUUUAGUUGCUCAUUUUGCGGUAAAGAAUUUUCUCAAAAGGGACCAAUGAUACGACACAUGAGAGUACACACAGGGGAAAAACCUUUCAGCUGCUCAGUUUGCAGGAAAACAUUCUCUCAAAAAGGAAGUAUAGAAUUACACAUGAGAACACACACAGGAGAAAAACCCUUUAGUUGCUCUGCUUGUGGCAAAACAUUCUCUCAAAAAGAAAAUAUGAUAACACACAUGAGAAAACACACCGGGGAAAAACCCUUUCGCUGCUCAGAUUGCGGUAAAUCGUUCUCUCGAAAGGAACAUGUGGCAACACACAUGAGAACACACACAGGAGGAAUACCCUUUACUUGUUCAGUGUGUGGAGAAAGCUAUGGUCAUAGGGCCAGUUUGACUGAGCACAUGCAGAAACACAACACAGAGAGCUAAUAAAUGUUUUCAUUUUAGGACUUGGACUAACUAAAAAGUGACGAGUGGCAAUGUGUGUCACAGAAGACUUGGAUAUACAGGGUGAUUGAAAAGUAACUCCUUAUUUUAAAAUACGUAUAAUUUAUUCAUAUGUUGUAAUAUUUUUCUCAAUUUUUUUGUGUAUGUUCCAUGAUUGAAGGAGCAAGUCCAUUCUACCAAACCAACGAUUUUGGAAGAACACGCAGCACCACAUAUUGACAGAAAAAAUGGAAUUGUUGACAUUUUUGCAGAUUUAUUCAAAAAGAAAAACUGAAAUAUCACACAGCCUUAAGUAUUCAGACCCUUUGCUCAGUAUUUAGUAGAAGCCCCCUUUUGAGCUAAUACAGCCAUGAGUCUUUUUGGGAAUGAUGCAGCAAGUUCUUCACACCUGGAUUUGAGGAUCAUCUGCCAUUCCUACUUGCAGAUCCUCUCCAGUUCUGUCAGGUUGGAUGGUGAACGUUGGUGGGCAGCCAUUUUCAGGUCUCUCCAGAGAUGCUCAAUUGGGUUUAAGUCAGGGCUCUGGCUGGGCCAUUCAAGAACAGUCACAGAGUUGUUCUGAAGCCAGUCCUUUGUUAUUUUAGCAGUGUGCUUAGGGUCAUUGUCUUCUUGGAAGGUGAACCUUCGGCCCAGUGUGAGGUUCUGAGCACUCUGGAGAAGGUUUUCGUCCAGGAUAUCCCUGUACUUGGCCGCAUUCAUCUUUUCUUCGAUUGCAACCAGUCGUCCUGUCCCUGCAGCUGAAACACCCCCACAGCAUGAUGCUGCCACCACCAUGCUUCACUGUUGGGACUGUAUUGGACAGGUGAUGAGCAGUUCCUGGUUUUCUCCACACAUGCCACUUAGAAUUAAGGACAACAAUUUUUAUCUUGGUGUCAUUAGACCAGAGAAUCUUAUUUCUCACCACCUUGGAGUCCUUCAGAUGUUUUUUUAGCAAACUCCAUGUGGGCUUUCAUGUGUCUUGCACUGAGGAGAGGCUUCCGUCGGGCCAGUCUGCCAUAAAGCCCCGACUGGUGGAGGGCUGCAAUGAUGGUUGACUUUCUAGAACUUUCUCCCAUCUCCCAAUUGCAUCUCUAGAGCUCAGCCACAGUGAUAUUUGGGUUCUUCUUUACCUCUCACCUUGGCUCUUCUCCCCUAAUUGCUCAGUUUGGCCGGACGGCCAGCUCUACGAAGGCUUCUGGUCGUCUCAAACGUCUUCCAUUUAAGGAUUAUGGAGGCCACUGCUCACACUGAAAUAAUUUUUUUUUACAUCUCGGGGGUCACAUCCACACAUCCAACAUUAGUUGACAGAAUGAAUGUGGUGUCUUUAUCACCCCUAUUCAGCAGCGUACAGUAUACGCACCAAUACUGGGUCACAUCGGGGAAGCUCAGAACACAGACGCACAGAUUCACUGUCUAUGGUGGAGAGCUUCAAGAAAUAGAAUCAGGGAGGACUUGUUCACUGAAAUACAGCACAGUUUGUUCAGCCUUCACGGGGGUAGCUUUGAGGUUCAAUUGUGCUGGGUGCACAGCACAGGCAGGGGUGAAGGGGAAUGAGGUCGCUGAUGACUUAGCAAAAAAAAGGUCCUUAGGCAUUAAUUCUGAUACGUGUGAGCGAUGCAGUGUAAAAGAAAAUAUGAAUAAUAAAAAAAAAUAAGCGUG